AGCAAAUCAAAUUUGAUUUUGCAGAAUGGUUUUUAAUACGCGAUUUGUUUACAAAUGGCUGACGUUUGACAGAAUAUUGAGAAAAUGGAUUAGAGAGAUAACAACUUCAAAUUGAUCAACAUGGGUGAAUUACUUACAAAUAGGAGUGAUGUUUUAAAGGAAGUGUUUAGUCAAUACGACCAUCAUGCAAAAGAUGAGUUAACACCUAUCCAAGUACAGAUGUUAUAUGGUGAUCUAAGAAUGGGAAGUGUCAGUUUACCACAGGUUGUUGCAGCAAUGAAGUAUGUGUGUGUCACUGGGAGCUGUGUUAUGUCAGAACUUUACAACUUAUUGCAAGAGCUGGAUCGACGUUACUUUCUACUCAAUGACUUUAGAUGGGAGUUCUCCAUGUUAGAUAGAAAUCAAACAGAUUGUAUAUCAGAGGAUAAGGCAAGAUGGAUGGUGCAAGCAGUGCAUGGUAAAUAUUUCUCUAAAAGGAAGUGGGAAUAUUUUGUUACCCAUCGGCCAGCCCCAGGGAGUGGAGUAUCAUUUGCAGAGAUUGAAGUUAUGUUAUGUGAUAUACCAAAUCGUAUGGAGACACUAGAUGAACAGAAUGAAGCUGAAAAGGAGAAAGAUGCUAAAUUAAGGAGACAAAGAUUGGCAGAUGAAGAAAUUGAAAGAGAGAAAGAGAGACUAAGAAAAGAAAGAGAAGAACAAAGAAGAAGAAAAGAUGAGGAGAACAAAAGAUUAGAGGGAGAACGUAUCAGGAAACUAAAUGAUGACGAAGAUUACAAUAGACAGAUAGAAAAAGAAAGAAGAAAGGAAGAAGAAAGACUUAGAGAAGAGGAGGAAUUAAGACGAUUGAAAGAGUUGGAAGAAAAGCAAAGGUUAGAGAGGGAGAGAAGACAGAAAGAAGAAGAAGAAUUAUAUAAAGAUGUGGAAAAACUUGCAAGAGAUGCAAAGGAAGAAGAGAAAAAUGCUAAGAACGAAGAGGAUCAGAGACGUUUACGCCACAAGAGGCUGCGGUAUGACUUGAAAGUUGCUAUGAAAACUAGAGACACAUACAAACUGAAGUAUACCAUAAAUGAGUUUAAGACUGAAAAAGUGGAAGAUAAAGACAUGGAUCUUAUAAAAGCUGAAAAGCUACUGAAGGAGUUAGGUUGUAGAGAUGAUUUGAAGAGAGCAAUGACACACCGUGAACUGGAAGAACUUGCCAGAGCAAUAGAAACUGUGAAAAAACAUGGAUUUGAAGUGGAGUUGUCUAAAGAGCUCCUAGAAGCUAACCAAUUACUUACCAGACUUAGAAGAUUAGAGCGUAUUAGACAUGAAAUCUUACAAUUGAAACAAUCCACAGUAGCAGAAAUAAGAAGUUACCAAAGUCCACCUCAAGUCGUCCAUACUGUCAUGACAUCUACAUUCCUCUUGCUAGGUCACAAAGAAAAAGAAACAAAGAUAUGGAAGACAGUUCAGGCCUUGGUUGGUAAGACUGGUAAAGAGGGAUUGAAGAGGAGGUGUAUUGAAUGUAAACCUGAUAAGAUUAAUGUCACCGAUGCUAAACGAGCUCAAGCAUUAAUGGAUAAGUAUGAACUAGAUGAAAUCAGGGACGUUUCUGCUGGUGCAGCAACAUUUUAUGUUUGGUCCAUCACAAUGAUAGAAGAGUUGAUGGAUAUCAUUGCAAGGAAAGAGGAGGCGGCAGCAGCCAAACAAACAGAAGAAACAUCAUAAACAAAUCUCAAUGAUAGAAUUGGAUCAUAUUGUUUGUGGAAUGUGGACAUAUGUUACUGUUCUUAUCGAUGCUUAGUUAUUUUAGCUCCUCAUUAGGGUUCUAGAAUAUAAAUCAUUCUGUAUAUUUACAGGAUAAAAUGGACAUUUUACCAAACAAUUGCAUGUACAGGACAUUUAUACCAAUCACAAGAAUAAAUUAAAAUUUUAGAGAUUUUUGAAAUCUUUUGUUUAUCUUUAAAUUAAACGUGUUAUAAAUAGAUUUGUAUAAAAAGAAAGCUGUUUGCUAUUGUUAUCUUAAACCGUCCCUUUGCUAUGUGAUUCUAUGUACGAUGUAAGAUACUAAAAUUUUAAUAUUAAAAAUAAUUAUUAGUUUUUAUAUGAUUUUUAUAUAUUCAUUUUUUGUAGAACAAUUUUUUUUAGUAGAACAAUUUUACUAAUUACUGCAGCAUUCUUCAUCUUAUUAAUUAAACAAAUUUAUUUUUGUGCAUAUUUAUUUUCAUGUUUAAUCCCUUCUAAAUUUAAUGAUUAGUUUUGGAUUUUUCUUAGUCUAUUGAUGUAUUUAUAUAAAAAAAGAUUUUAUAUUUGUGUUAUUUUUCUUAGUUUUCAGCAUUUCUUAAUUAUUUAAAAGACUUGAUAUGGUACAUACAUUGAAUAGUAAAGUUUAUUCAUCUUUGACUAUAUAUCAUGUGAUCACUACAUAUAUAAAAAGUUCAAAACUAAGUUCAUAGUAUGUAAACUUUGGUUUUAGUCAAAUAAGUCAUUUCAGUGUUGUGUAAACUUUUUUUUUACAGAAGUCACCAUAUUAGUUCGCUAUCCAAUAAAUCAGUAGAAAUAUUGUUUGCUAAAUGCCUUUUAUAUUAAACAUAUCCAUAGUUCCAUGUAAAAAAAAAUGUUUUCUGUUUACUGUUGUAUAGAUCUAUUAGCAUUCUUGUAAUAUUUAUUUACUAAAUAUAUAUAUAUUAUGUAUUUUUUGGAGAUAACUUUACUGUUGACAGUAAACAAUUGUAUUGUUUAUACAUAUUCUGGGCAGGCCCAAACAGCAUUUAUUUAAUGCAUAGAUUAUAUUUUAAUAAAAAUGUACAUUUAAAUGUAUUUCAUUAAUUUUGUGUGUUCCCUACAGGUAUAUUUAUGAUGAGUUGUUGAAUCAGCCUUGAGGCUUUAUUAUGUCCAUCUAUAAAUCUAUCUGUCUCAAUUUUGGUUUUUAGAUGAUAAUUAAUAGACUAAUUCUUCUAAAAUUUGCAUCGACCAAUAUAAAAUUAUUCUAUAUGUGCCUGUCCGAAGUCAGGAACCUGUAUUUUAGUGGUUGUAGUUUAGUUUAAACAUAUUUAUUUAGAGUGGAUUGGGAAACAAGUUUUGCAACUUAUAUUAAUCCCUUUCCACUUUGCGGGUAGUCAGCUACCACAUGUGUUUUUGGUUCAUUGUUUUGUACAUAAAUUAGGCCAUUAGUUUUCUCGUUUGAAUUGUUUUUCAUUUGUAAUUUCUGUGCCUAUUAUUUAAAUGACUAUGUGGUACGGGAUUUGCUCAUUGUUGAAGACCUACAGUGACAUAUAGUUUCUGUGUCAUUUGGUCUCUUGUGAAGAGAUGUCUCAUUGGCAAUCAUACAACAUCUUCUUUUUUUAUAUCUAUUUAAAUUUUGAAAGAGCUAUUCCACUUAGUUACCUUAAAAUUUAGAUUCUUUGGUUUUAAGAUAAAAUGCAAAUACCAAUUGAUCAAUUAUUUUGACAGUAUCAUGGACUAUUAAAUAAGGUAAAGUUUAAUUUUGAUAGUUUGCCAUUUGUAGUUCAAGAGUUUUGACAUUGGAUAGUAUACAUGUUACAUCAAUUUUCAACAUUAAAAUACAGUACUGCUAGACUGAUACAUUUGACACUUGAAGACAAUGUCAAGGACAAUAAAAACAGGUCAAGUUCAA